AUGGCCAUGCUGGCCAUUGGGGCUGUCGCGCUGCCACCCCACGCCGGAAGGGCUUCCGGCGCUGAGGCCUGGAAGGAGAAUGUUGUCAUUCCUGACAGCGAGGCCUGGAAAGAAAACGUUGUCAUCCCCAACAAGCGUGGUGCGAGUGACGAGGCCUGGAAGGAGAAUGUCGUCAUUCCUGACAGCGAGGCCUGGAAGGAGAAUGUUGUUAUUCCCAACAAGCGUGGUGCGAGUGACGAGGCGUGGAAGGAGAACGUUGUCAUCCCUGACAACGAGGCGUGGAAGGAGAAUGUCGUUAUUCCCAACAAGCGUGGUGCGAGUGACGAGGCGUGGAAGGAGAAUGUCGUCAUUCCUGACAGCGAGGCCUGGAAGGAGAACGUCGUCAUCCCCAACAAGCGUGCUGCGGGCGACGAGGCCUGGAAGGAGAACGUUGUCAUCCCUGACAGCGAGGCGUGGAAGGAGAAUGUCGUCAUUCCUGACAGCGAGGCCUGGAAGGAGAACGUCGUCAUCCCCAACAAGCGUGCUGCGGGCGACGAGGCCUGGAAGGAGAAUGUUGUUAUUCCUGAGGGUGAGGCUUGGAAGGAGAAUGUUGUGGUUCCGGACAAGCGUGCUGCCGGCGACGAGGCCUGA